AAUAUGAUAAUUCAAAUGUUCUUCACCUUAUUUCUGUAGCUCAUGCGGUUUGUUUCUAUUCAGGCAAUUGAAGGAGUCACUAAAAUAAAGGCUUGUUUUACAAUCCAGCAACAUGGAUGCUGGAAGUGACGACAGUAUCACAAGAACGGCUAUUGGGCAUUGAUUUCAGUGGCAUAUACAAGAAAUCUAAACUCUACCAGUGAGUAACCUACUUCCUACUAAUUAAUAUGGCCAUCCCUUUCUUCUCUCCUGGUUGCUCCUAGUAGUAGAUAAAUAAUCAAAAUCACAAGCAAAUGAAGCGAUCUGAUCAACAUUGAUUAGCCAACUGAAACUAUCUGAAAGGCACUACUUGUUGUAAUACCAACAGUAAUUUUAUGUUUACAUUGCAUAGGAGGAACAAAGCCUUGAUAGAUGAGCUGAGUACUCCACCAUCUGGUUUGGACGCCCUCUACUUUCCUACCAAGCAUUCAAGGUCUUUCUUCACACAAUGCUUGGCAUGCCUCUGGAAGCGGAACUUGUCAUACUGGAGGAAUCCCCAGUAUAAUGUUGUCCGUUUUUUCUCGACAACGAUUAUAGCUCUACUCUUUGGCACCAUAUUCUGGGAUCUUGGCACCAAAAGAGAGAAACCACAAGACUUGUUCAAUGCAAUGGGCUCAAUGUAUGCUUCUGUUCUAACCAUAGGCGUGCUCAAUUCAGCAUCAGUUCAACCAGUGGUGGCUGUUGAGCGGACUACCUUUUACCGUGAAAGAGCAGCCGGAUUGUACUCAGCUUUCCCAUAUGCAUUUGGACAGGUCGCCAUUGAGAUCCCGUACACAUUGGUUCAGUCUGGCAUAUAUGCGGUAAUAGUGUAUCCUAUGAUCGGAUUCGAGUGGACAGUACCUAAAUUCUUCUGGUAUCUCUUUUUGAUUUACUUUACGUUGCUCUACUUCAUAUUCUAUGGUAUGAUGGCAGUCGGGUUGACAGAGAACCACACCAUAGCAUCCGUUGUAUCCGCUUCGUGCUAUGCCAUAUGGAAUCUCUUCUCCGGGUUUGUGAUCCCCAGAACUAAAAUUCCUAUCUGGUGGAGAUGGUACUAUUGGAUGUGCCCUGUUGCAUGGAGUUUGUAUGGGAUGGUUGUGUCACAGUAUGGUGAUAUUGAUGAUCCGUUGUAUGAUGGUGUCACCACCACUACCGUGGCAAGAUUUGUCAGUGACUACUUCGGCUUCAAGCACAACUCGUUGAUGGCAGUUGGCGCAGUUGUUGUGGCCUUUGGGCUGCUCUUUGCCUUCUUGUUCGGUUUUGCAAUAAUGAAGCUCGAUUUUCAUAGGAAAUGAUGUAGAGGACCUUGCUGACAAUGAACAGUUCGAAAUUUGGUAUGUAUUUACCGGGAAGAUUCCAGCUUGA